UGAGUGAGUGAGACAGCAGAGGAAAUAUUCAAUCUGUGUCACUCACUCCUGUGAGACUGUCUCCUCACUCCAGAACUGCAAAAGGAAGCAAUCACCAAAAUGAAGACUGCUUUAAUUUUGCUCAGCAUUUUGGGAAUGGCCUGUGCUUUCUCAAUGAAAAAUUUGCAUCGAAGAGCCAAAUUACAGGAUUCUGAAGAAAAUGGGGUCUUUAAGUACCGGCCACGAUAUUCUCUUUACAAGCAUGCCUACUUUUAUCCUCCUCUAAAACGAUUUCUAGCUCAGAGCAGUAGUGACUCAUCUGAAGAAGAUGGAAAUGGUGACAGCUCAGAAGAGGAGGAAGAAGAGGAGGAGACUUCAAAUGAAGAAGAAAACAAUGAAGAGAAUGCAAAUUCUGAUGAAAACGAAGAUGAAGAUGAGGCUGAGAAUACCACCCUUUCUACCACACCUGGCUAUGGAGAGACCACACCUGGAACAGGGUAUAUAGGUUUAGCUGCAAUCCAACUUCCCAAGAAGGCUGGGGAUAAAGGACACAAGGCUACAGAAGAGGAGGAAAGUGAUGAAGAAGAAGAGGAAGAUGAAGAAAAUGAAGAAAAUGAAGCAGAAGUGGAUGAAAAUGGGCAAGGCAUAAAUGGCACCAGUAGCAACAGCACAGAGGCAGAAAAUGGUAAUGGCAGCAGUGAUGGAGAUAAUAGAGAAGAAGGUGAAGAAGAAAGUGUCACUGAAGCCCAGGCAGAAGGAACCACAGUGACUAGAAAGCAGGACAAUGGUGGCUCUAAGACAACAACCUCACCAGAUGGUGGAUUUGAACCUACAACUCCACCACCAGAGUUCUAUGGGACUACCACCCGACAGUCUGGGGAAGCCACCCCCACCGGAUAUGAGGAAGAGUAUGAACAAACAGGCACUAAUGAAUAUGACAAUGGAUAUGAAGUCUAUGAAAAUGAAAAUGGGGAACCUCGUGGGGAUAAUUACCGAGCCUAUGAGGAUGAGUACAGCUACUAUAAAGGGAGUAGCUACGAUGGCUAUGAUGGCCAAGAUUAUUACUACCGUCAUCAGUGAAGGCCCAGCCUGGGAUGAAUUCCUCCAUUCUGGCAUUUCAUGUGGCUACCAUUUUCAAAGUUCAACUCAGGAAGGUGCAAUAUAACAAAUAUGCAUAUUAUAAUGUGGAAUGGUGCUACUGUUCCAAAGUAAUUUUCUGUAAUUUCUUCUGCAAGUAAUGGGCUUCUUACUGCUUUUCCCUGGUUUAUUAUUGAAAGGUUAUUGUAAAUCAGGGCCAUUUAAACCAAUCCAUGAGAUGGAGUUUGAUUACCUGUUUUGAGGUUGUAGUUCUAUAAAUAGUAUUUUUAACAUGUUUGUACUAUUAUUAACUGCUAAAACUACUCUUCAUGCAAGACAUGCUUCUAUGAAUUAACAUUAAUGACACUAUAUAUAAAAUAUGUGUAGUUCUUUAAUCACCUACCUACCCAACACUGUAUAUUAUGUUUAAUUAUCAGCUUCAUGUAUUUUUAUGUGAUCUUUAUGUAUAUUCUAUCCAUGGGUUGUAUCACAAAUAAAAAUGCAGUCUUUCAAA